AUGGAUCUCGAAACUAAUAGUAGACACAUUAGCGUUCUGGAGAGGAUGCUAAUUGAUGAAAACGCAGAGCCGACGGACCUUCCGUUAUCACUUCUCGAAGACAUCACAGAUCGGUUCUCCCCCGAUCGCGAAAUUGGCAGAGGUGGAUUUGCGGUGGUUUAUAAGGGAAUUGUUGGAGAAAGGAUGGUCGCUGUGAAGAAGCUGUUCAAGACAAUUGAUGUAGUGCAUGAGAAUAAAUUCCACAAAGAGGUCGAGUGCCUCAUGAAGGCCAAGCAUAAGAAUAUAGUACGUUUUCUAGGAUAUUGUGCGGAGGCACAUGGAAAAGCUGCUGACUAUGAAGGGAGGUUUGUCAUGGCAAAUUUACUGAAUUGGUUGCUCUGUUUUGAAUAUGUACCCAACGGGAAUCUGCAGAAAUAUAUCACGGAUGCAUCAACUGGACUUGAAUGGAAAGUGCGCUUUCGAAUGAUCAAAGAAAUAUGUCAAGGUUUACAUUAUCUUCACAUGAACCGUAUUCUUCAUCUAGACCUCAAGCCAGCUAAUAUAUUACUAGAUAAUAGCAUGGUACCCAAAAUUGCUGAUUUCGGCCUCUCAAGGUAUCUCAAUGAAGAGAAGACCCACGAUACAACUAAACACCUACUUGGAACACCGGGGUAUAUGGCUCCUGAAUUCUAUGGAGGAAGGAUCACAUUCGCAUCAGACAUAUAUAGUCUUGGUGUUAUAAUCAUGGAGAUUCUAACAGGAGUGAAGGGAUAUCCCGAAGAUGACAAUGUAAUUGAAAGUUGGAUGAGUCGAUUAGAGGGGGACACACAGUUGGAACAAGUAAGGCAAUGCACAAAGAUAGGGAUAGAGUGCAUGGAAUCAGACCCAAAGAAAAGACCAGUUGCACAACAUAUAAUUGAUAUGCUUGAGGAAAUGGCAGGCGCUGAUGAAACCGGGAGUAGCUCAUUAGUUGAGGUGGAGCUAGGUUUACUUGAGGAACAGUCUGAUCGAGAAAGAGUUGGGGGCCCGAGACUGACGGAUAUUGAGGAGUACCCUGAAACUGAUCUAAGUGAUUAUUCUCAGCAAAAAGAAGAAGACGCAGAUGAUGAGCAAGACACAAAGCAAAAGGCUAAGCGCAAAGGAAAAAGCAUCUUCAGCUCUAACUCUGGUGUGUUGGACAAGUUGAAAAGUUGGAACCUCUUCAGAAGGAAUGCACGCAAGAAUCUCGUGAGGAAUGGAGGUCAAGUACCACAGAUCAGAGGCCUGAAGAUUUUCGCAGCGGGGGAAUUAAAGAAAAUCACAAGAAAUUUUUCAGAGAUGCUUCGUGAAGGAAGCUUUGCUAAAGUCUACAGAGGAACUCUUCCUGACGGUACGAUGGUGGAAGUUAAGUACUUCAAGGCGCAUUAUACAAGUAAACAGUUCAUCAAUGCAGUUGAGAUCCAGACACAAAUGAUCCAUAAGAAUAUUCUUAAGCUUGUUGGUUACUGCCUGGAAGCAGAUGUUCAAAUAUCAGUGCAUGAGUAUGAUGCAAAUGGGAGUCUCAACGACAUUCUCCAUCACAAUCAGAAUCAAAUGCUUCCUAUAGACUUGCGUUUGGACAUUGCAAUUGGGUCAGCAGAAGGACUACGAUACAUGCACUCCGCAGACAUACGGCACGGUGAUGUUAAACCAGCUAGCAUACUGCUUGAUGAAAAGUUUAUUCCAAAAAUCUCUGAAUUUGACUUAUCACGGUUGAUUAAUGUGGAUGAUUCUGAUACCGCAUUUAUUACUGGAGCCGUUGGUUUCUUGGACCCAGUGUUCUCUCGUACUUGCUGUUUGGUGCUAGCGAAUGAUGUUUAUAGCUUCGGUGCGGUUCUCCUGGAAGUCAUUACAGGUAAGAAAAUUAUAUAUCAAAAUGAUGACAAUAGCGUUUGUAACCUCGUCAUGGAAUACAAGAAAAAUUACUUGGAACAACAGAAUGGGAGAGUAAUGUUCGACGUGGAGAUUGUCGAUCCAGAAGAUAUAUUCUUCCUUGAAGAAAUUGGCAAGCUGGCAAUGGAGUGCUUGAGACAUGAUAUAGAAGAACGGCCAGAUAUGAUAGAGGUGACAAAUCAACUUAUGAAUAUUAGGAAAGAUAGAAGGGCUCAAUUUGAAUAUAAUUUUUUAUCUGAUUCGGCGUCAAGUCCAUGAUAUAUUGUUUCCUCCCAUAGUGGCAUGUAUGUACACAAUAAUGUUUAAUUGAUACGAUUGUGCUAG